AUGAUAUUGCGGGGCGCCUCUGCGACCCAAUGUUUGCUACACAAACACCUUCGUUGUUACACCUCGCGGCGACUCUUUUCAAGUUCACUAUUAUGUUCAAGGGCCUCCAAUAACAAGCGCGACCCUUCACAGCCAAAGGAUAAAUGGAACUACAACAGAAGCCCCUUUGACGCCAAUGUUUCCGAAGAUCUUCACAAACUUCGCUUAGUUGACGCCAAUAUACUGGAGAAGGAAACCGAACCUCCAGUUAACGUCAAGAUGUUGGUUCGAGAUUUCAUAGAAGACUCCCUCUAUAACCCCAACUAUGGGUACUUCCCAAAGCAGGCUACCAUCUUUAACGUACAGGAUACAGCAUUCGACUUUCCAAAUCUUCGUGACUCUGCGGAAUUUCAAGAAGAGAUUGGAACAAAAUAUGCUGCUUACGGGGCGGACAAGCAUGAUGGGCCUGGACGUCAGUUGUGGCAUACUCCAACUGAGUUAUUCAAGCCGUGGUACGGUCGGGCAGUUGGACGAUGUCUAGUGUCCGAGUACCUGUUAAAAUACUUCCCCUAUGAAGAUUUUGUCAUUUACGAGAUUGGUGCCGGAAAUGGAACUUUGGCUAUGGAUAUUCUCAAUCUACUUCAAGAAGACUAUCCGGAGGUGUACGAACGAACUCGUUAUAACAUCAUCGAGAUCAGCGAAAGUCUCGUGAAGUUACAGAAAAAAAAACUACAAGAAGUUCAUCCAUGUGUGACAAUUACGCAUAAAAGCAUUUUCCAUUGGGAAACCGUGGAACCGUCACCUUGCUUUUUCAUUGCAAUGGAAGUGAUUGAUAAUUUUGCUCAUGAUCUAGUGCGGUACGAUUUGAAGACAUUGAAACCUUACCAAGCUUUGGUCACCAUAGACAACAAUGGCGAUUUCGACACUAUAUUUGACCCAGUCACUGAUCCUCUGAUAACAUCAUUUUUGAAUCUUCGUCAAACUUUGAAUCAUCCACCGCCCAUCAACAAACUGCUGUUACAGUCAGAGUCAUUGAGGCAGAGAUAUUUAUCACUUCCUUUUGCGCCUAAUCUGUCAACCGCAGAAUAUAUCCCAACCCGAAUGCUCAGUCUUUUAAGAACUCUGCGAAGCUACUUCCCUCGACAUCGCCUGCUCUUGACUGAUUUUUCAUCACUUCCGGAUUCAAUACCAGGGGUCAAUGCUCCCGUGGUCCAAACUCGGUUCCAGAACAUCACCGUUCCUUGCACCACCCUUCUUGUCAAACAAGGCUAUUUUGAUAUAUUCUUCCCGACAGACUUCGAACGCCUACGAGAUAUGUACGAGUUUAUGUUGGCCCAGCCGCCGAAUAAAUCAGGGUCCUUGGAAACCCUAGAGUCAGGACGAGUCACUCCUUUAACAUCCACUGCAUCAUCUUUUUCGUCGGGCUCUCAGUUUUUCUCGUCAUAUCAACCUAGCAAUAGGAGGAAUCCAGUCGAUGGAGUAACUUCUGCGAGUGGCCUUCCUGUUGGGGAGCGAAAAUCAAGUGUAUUCUCUCAUUCACAGUUUUUGGAAACCUAUGCUGAACUGGAGAAAACACGAUUACGCAGUGGAGAAAAUCCCAUGCUCGAUUUUUACAAAAAUGUUAAAUUUUUGUUUUGA